AUGCGCACGACCUCGAUUUACGCGGCCACGGCCUUGGCGUUUGCUGCCUCGGUAUCUGCCGUCGCCGAGCAGGCCGACCGCCCUCGCAUCUACUACCCUCGUCAGAUCAAGCGGGAGUUCGUUAACUCGACAGUCACUGAGACGAGCCCCAUCUCCACGCCGAGCACUCCCCCCACGACGACGACGGGCGAGUCGUCGUCGAGGAGGGACACUUUUGGCGACAUCAUCUCGGGUAUUUUUGGCGGCGGAGAUACCUCAUCUGGCGAUACCAAAAUAAAGACGGUCAUCGUCGAGAGCACCGUCAUUGUACCUCCUCCGCCGCUGGGAACAGGCGGGACCUCCAGCCCCACGCUCCUGCCUACGACCAGGGCCUCGACGACGACAACGAAGGCUCCGACGACGAAAUCCUCGACGAGGUCGUCCACCGAGUCCUCGGACACCGAUACGCCCAUCAUCAUUGCGCCCACAGGCAUCGUCUCAAGCACCAAGGACACGUCCUCGGGCACUUUCGAGAAGAGCACCGUCGAGACGACGCCUCUCGCCAACAGUACCUCGACUGGGUCGGAGGCCGUGACGACAACUUCGACCGAUGGUGGCAUCCUCAAACCCAUCGAGACCUUGAUUAGCUCCGUGCUGAACCCGACCCCCGCCAACACGACCGUCGUGCCCACGGAGACGUCCACGCUGGUCCCCUCGGGCACCGAAACGUCGACGACCGAGACACCGAUCAUUAUUCUCCCGACGUUGACAUCGAUUAUUGGCACCGACUCGACGACGACUCCGUCCUCGACCCCCAGCGUGACCGAGCCUAUCGGCAACACCACGUCCACCGACGUCCCCACUGUCACCAGCGUUCCGACAUCCAUCACGAGCAGCCUGCCCACCGUGAGCUCGACUACUACGGGUGAUAUUCCCAUUGGCAACUCGACGACGGGCACAGUCACCCCUUCCGCGACUGGAACCGCGACCAGCCUGCCAACCACCAUCCCCGUCACGAACGGUACUAGCACUGAUGUCCCGACCUCGGUCCCGACUGACUCGCAAACUGUCUCGGCUUCGGUGACGUCGACCGCCAUCCACAAUUCGACUGUGGCUGUCCCGACAUCUGCGCCGUCUUCCCCCGUAGUGACCUCGACCAGCAUCCCGACGACGCCUACCGCAAUUCCGUCGACCACGGUGGAGGGCGUCACCAGUAUUCGCCCUACAGCGACCCUCACCAACACGGACAACUGGCUGCCAACGUCGCUCGUUGCGGAGCCUACGACCGUGUCCUUCUCUACGCCAACCGAGACGGUCACUGGAAGCAGCUCCACGGCUCUUCCCACCGGCAUCCCGGCCAUCAUUCACCCGAAUGACGGCAACAAGGUGGCGCCUGCAGGCACGAGGGAGAUCCAGAUCGGCUUCCUUCAUGCCCUCAACUAUGAAUUCGUCGCCAGCAACACUUUGGCCGCGGCCCAGAUCUUUGCCUACCUUCCCAAAGCCCUGGCUGACGCCGGCGGUUUCACCGUUGAUCGGGUCCAGGUAUCCAAGCUCGUGCCGAUGGACACGAGGAAGCAGCUGAACUACAUCACCACCAUUGCGAAGAUCAACUACCCGGAGACUCUUCUCGACUCGCUCCAAAUGCAGAUCCUGGCCCCCAACUCGAAACUUUACCUCAAUGAGGACGCGACCGUCCGUAACCUUACGGCCCUCAUCGACAACCGGAUUGACAUUUACGGCAACUUCCGUGCUCCUGGCGAAGACGGCGGCCCGGUGCCCACUGGCGGCGCUGGCGGCGGCAACAAGAACAACAACGACGCCUUUGACAACAACAACAACAACAGCGACCAGUCGUCCAAGCAGAAGGCUACGACUGCUGGUAUCGCCAUGGGCGCCGUUGCCUGCAGCGUCAUGUACGGUGCCGCCAUGUUCAUCGUCGCACGCCGGUACAAGCGCAAGCGUCAGGGCCACCGCCGUGCCAGCUCCGUCGCCAACAGCCAGGACUCGGCCGAGAUGCGGUACACGGGCGCCGGCAGCCCCGCGCUGAUGGGCGGCGCUCUGCUCAGCAGAGACUUCUCCAACUAUGGCGGCGCCGGUGGCCGCAACAGCCACAACAGCCACGGCAGCGGGCGUAGCGGCGCUGGCAACUCGGGCCGGACAGCCAACAUCUCAGCCCCCGUGGCGGCCGAGAACUCGCUCGGCUGGAACUGA